CUUAACCCUAAUUUUAUUCUUCCCCAAUUUUUUAAUUUUUUUUACUUUUUUUUUGUUUUUACUAUUUUAUUAUUAUUAUUUGGCAAAACCCUAGUUCCGUACCGGUUUUGAUUUCCCUGAAAAUUGAAUCGAUUUUUUUUUGUUCUGAUCUGUUGAGCUAGGGUUUCGGAAUAUUGUUGUUACGAUUCAUGGGGUUCUGAGGAACCCUAGAUUUUUUAUAAUUGUUGUUGAAGAUGUUACGGUGAUUCUGGUGAAUUUAAUUUUUUCAGGUUUUUGGUAUUAUUUGGUUUUGAUUUCAUGUAUGGCUUCACAUGCCGACGAUUUGAAUUCUAGAGAAAGGUUAAGGUGGAGAAGCCCUGUGAAAGUUUAUACCCGGAAACGUAGAAGGAUCCAUAAGAACGACGACCCGAUUCCGAUCCCCGCCGCGCCGGAGGUUAACGAGGGGGUCAACAAGGAUGCGAAUAAUAAGGUUGUACAGCCAUCUUCCCCGACUCUAGAGGCUGGGGAACCGAAAUCUGCAGAAGAAUCGCAGGAGGAAGAGGCGGAACCUCAAUUGAAAGAUUCGUUGCCUCGUUAUUUGGAAGAUGGGAGGGAUAGGGAACAGGUGGAAUUGAUAAAUGGCGGACAAGGGCAGGAAGAUACCCUUGGAUCACCGGGAGAUUUAGAUGGUAGAGAUGUGGCUGAGGUUGGUGGCAGCCUGAUUGUGGAGACUAAUAAUGUUAGGGAAGUUCAGGGUGAAGAGGCUGCCAUAGCGAGUUAUAGGGAUGGGUUAACUAGAGGGCAUGCUGAGCUGGAUGCGACAGUUAAGCCUGUAAUGUCUAGGGUUCAAAAUAGAGUUAGGAUUGAUUUAACGGGAGCGACAUCAAGAAAUGAGAUUAGAGAUAUUAGGAGGGAGUUAAAGGGUGAGCUUGAUCAGAUUAGGAGUUUAGUUACGAAGCUUGAAGCUAAGGAGCUUCAUCUGACCACACAUAAUACUAGUGCUAGUACUAAUGGUGGUUUUAAUAAUGUUGGUAGGAUUACCGCUAUUCCUAGUGGUGCUGUUAAUUCUUAUAGUCAACCACAUUAUAUCGAUAAUGGUCUGAUGAAUAGGUCUUUGGUGCGAGUGAAUUCAGAGAUGGGUUUGGUGGGGCACCCUGGAUCGAGACCAUUCCAGCGACCAAGGGUUGCGGUUGUGGAAAACAAUAAUGGAGUUGCUGAAUUUGUGGAGAAGGAGAAGAGGACCCCGAAGGCCAAUCAGUAUUACACUAAUUCUGAAUUCCUACUUGGGAAGGAUAGGCUGCCUCCUGAAAGCAAUAGAAAAACUAAGUCAAAUGGUGCUGGGAGGAAGCACAAUAGUGAGUCGGAGCAGGGGUAUCCAUUUAGAUUUGGAUUUGGCUUUGAUAAACAUAGAAAUCAGGUGUUUAAGAGAUGCACCACUCUGCUUCAGAGGCUAAUAAAGCACAAGCAUGGGUGGGUGUUUAAGGAGCCUGUGAAUGUGGAAGCUCUUGGGCUGCAUGAUUAUCAUGAUAUCAUCAAGCAUCCUAUGGAUUUAGGCACUAUCAAAGCUAGGCUAUCUCAAAAUUGGUACAAGUCUCCCAGGGAGUUUGCUGAGGAUGUAAGACUUGUCUUUCAUAAUGCCAUGACUUAUAAUCCUAAAGGACAUGAUGUUCAUGUUAUGUCGGAACAAUUGUCAAAAAUUUUUGAAGAUAGGUGGGCAGUUAUAGAUGCUGAGUUUAAUCCGGAUUGGAGGUACCAAAUGUAUCACGAUGCAGGUUUGCCUACCCCGCCUUCAAGAAAGGUCCCUCACCCUUCUCCCUUUGCUCGUGCUUCUGUAACUUCUCAUGCCGCUCCACCUGCUUCCCAAGCAAGGACUUUGGAUAGGUCUGAGUCAAUGAGUGGACCAGCUGAUUUCAGGUUCAAGCCAUCACGCGCUGCUCAUGUUGGUCGGAUACCAGUUCCUAAGAAACCUAAAGCAAAUGAUCCCAAUAAAAGGGAUAUGACCUAUGAAGAAAAACAGAGACUCAGCACACAUCUUCAGAGUUUACCUACAGAAAAGCUUGAUGCUGUUGUUCAGAUUAUUAAGAAGAGGAACUCAACAUUUAAUCAACAUGGCGAUGAGAUUGAAGUAGACAUAGACAGUGUUGAUGCAGAAACCCUCUGGGAGCUUGAUAGGUUUGUGACCAAUUACAAAAAGAACUUAAGCAAGCAGAAGAGAAAGACUGAACUUGCUCUGCAAGCCAGAGGAACUGCACGGACUGCCCCAGUUAUGAAUUCUGCUCCUAUGGUUGCUGGUGUACUGAACAGUAAUACUGGUGAAAAUAACACUAGUGCUCUUGCUACAAAUGCAGAAGCUGGAAGACAGGUGGAUAAUGCAAGUAGGUCUAGUAGUUCAAGCAGUUCUAGCAGCGAUUCGGGGUCAUCCUCAAGUGAUUCAGAUAGUGAUAGUUCCUCUGGAUCCGGAUCAGAAGCGGGCCGUUGAUGCGAAAGGCCACUUAGCACAGGAAUUCUUCAUGGAUGUCUUUAGCUGUGUACUCAUCUGAAGGUUCCAAGAUGACCUUGUCUCGAUGGCUGCAAUCAAGAACUUCAAGUUUUAUCAUGGAAGUGCCUUAUCUCGAUGAUUUUGGAAGGGACAUCUCAUUCUUAAUAUUAUUUGUGAUGUCAUCUCUAUACUAGUGUUAUUGGUUGUGGUAGUUAUGUGAGAGAUGUAGCACCUGUAAAUUGCUGAGAUUGCUUAUCCAGUUUUACUUAUACAUGUGAUGGGAUUUUCAUUCAUAUCGUUGCACACAGUUAGAACAGUUAGGUAUGCUUGUGCGAUGUCAUACAGCUGGACCUGGUUGUAGUAGUUGUAGAAACCAAGUAUGAUGGUAGGAUUGCAUAUUGUAAAAAUUAUCAGGGAUCUCAAGUCAAAACGACAAUGGUGGUGUGUACAUAUUUUCCCAUUCAUCUUC